CUGAUGCUGAUUUUAUUGAAACUUUAUCGUCUGGGUGUGAGACUGUCGAGCCGGAUGGUGAAUUUGCUCCUCGCGUGACUCCUGCUGCACUCGGUACCGAUUUCAACAAUAAUAUUCAGAUUAAAAAACAAUUCGUCCCUUCUGUGCUAUCUAAAGACACAAUGAAUAAUAUCCAGACGCAACAUAAGAAACCAAACAGCGUAGGAGUCAUGAAUAUUACAGAAAGUGUUCAUGAAAUAGGAGCAUCAUCAGUCAGGACUGAAAAUUCACACCUUCAGGAAACAACGGACACCCAGACUGUUCAUCCUGAAGCUUGGAACGAGGAGAAAACCAUCGAACGUACAGACACAGAAGCUGCACGUGUUGUGGAUAUCGGCGUAUCUGAGGAACAGGGAUGUGAGACUAGUGAUGUCGAGGUGGAUGUGAUGGAUCAGAGUAAUCAGGUGCUCACAGGUACAGGAGAUGAGACCCCUGAUGCAGGAUGGACCACUGAUGAUACUGAUGUAGAUGAUGGACAGGCUCUCGCUCUUAAGGGACAGUUAAUAGGACUGACGGUUUUGCCAUCAAAUGAAGCUAUAACACAGAUAGAUUCACCAGUGGUCAGGAGCCAGAAAGAUGUUUCGCAAGAGGAUUCUGGGUGGACAGAUCUUAGCAGAUCCUCAUUAAACACCUUGGGUUCCUCAGCAGUGCUUCCUCUCGGAGAAAAUGAAGAUCAGGCUAAAGACGACGGCUCUGACGAAGAGGACGUCAUCGUGGAUGUCUUAGACUCCCCUGAUGUUCCGCCGUUUAAUCUGGCAGGUCAACAGUCUGUCAGGAUUUGGGCUAAUAAUGAGGAUGAGUUGGAGGAGGAAGAUGAGGUUGAUGUGUUGAUGUGACUGGAGGGGAAUCAGAACAUUUCUUACACUCGCAAGCACAGAUUGUGAGUCUAAACCAAGUGUUUUCUUUAAGGUUACCUUAGUUAUCAUUUAUUUGUGUACAAAAGGACUAAUAGUUAAUGCUUUAUUUUGGUAUGUUUAUUUAAAUGCUUAUUUCAGA